CUCUCAAGUUCACGUCGAAGUGUGUCGUACCGGUUGGGAAUUAUUACAAUAACUAAUUUAUUUGCAUAAAACUUUUGAACAAGGCCAAAUUGUAAUUGCACUGCUAUUUCGACACAUAAAUCCCUUAACAUGGCUGACGUAGAAAACAAGGAAGAUCUCGUUGAAGACGGAAAAAACAAAAUGAAUGUUAAAUGCAAAUUCUGCAGUUCUAAAAUUCUAGACAAGAAAUCUGCGAAUUAUAUCACGCAAGAGAUGGCUCUGCCUCUAAUGCAGCAAGACAACAACCGUAAGGAGGGUGAGAUACAGAACGAAACAGUGAACGAGUUCUAUCACGUAGAAAACAUGUAUACAUUCGAAAAUAUUGGUUUUACACACACCGUUGACAACUACAAAUACCUGAGCUGCGCAGACUGCGACGCUGGGCCGGUGGGCUACUAUGACAUGAAUACUAAGCAUAGCUACGUGGCGUUGUCAAGAAUUGUACAUUCCUAGAUAGUUCUUUAUUUAGAUUAGACGCUAAUAUUAUUAAAAUCUUGAAAUUGAUAUGGAGAGGAUAUCAAAAGUAUGCUUGUGAUUGGAGCUUGUACAUAUGUUACCAAGGAUUAUUUUUUCCAUGGCCACAUUCUUUUAUUGAACAAGCGACUAGAUUACCUACUUAAGUGGGACUUAUGGUGACCAGAAAAAUUGGAGAUAAAAUAUUAACUCUAUAAACUAAUAUAAAAUAAUACUCUACAAUAAAUACUAACUAUUUAAAGAGUUCAUAUUUACAAGCAGUCAAAUUUUAAAAACAAUUUAAAUAAAAUUGCAAAGAUUUUUGCCAUACCUGCAUUAUAUUAUGUUGGACAUCCAAUUAACCCCAAAAAUAUGUCAUAGCUUAUGAAUAUGAAUAUAAAACAAUAGCAAUGGUAUUUUAUUUAUUUAAGCCUUUAUUUUUCCUUAAAUAGUAUUUAAUUAUGAUGUUAUUUUGCUAUAUUAAGGACCCCUUAGGGGUAUAGGCCUCCUCCAAAUCUUUCCACCUUUUUCGGUCUUUUGCCGUGAUCAGCCAAUUUUCUCCGGCUGUGGCUAUGAUGUCCUUGGACCAUCUUGUUAUGGGUUUUCCCGCCUUCCUUUUGCCAUGGGGUCCUGGCCACUUUGUGACUUUGUUGGUCCAUCUGUCAUCUGUCAAUAGCAAUGGUACCAUACAGAUACUCUAUGCCAUUUUAUUUUCUUUUUAAAAUGUAGAACUUUUUGAAGCCAAAUCAUUGCAACAGUCCUGAGAUGUCAAGGCAAAUAUUUCCUGCCACCUUUAGGAUUCAUUUAUAUGGUGCGAGAACUCGCAUGCGAUUUUCAUUACACCGCAUUAUUUGAUCAGUCAGCUUAACGGUUCGCAAUGUAACUAAAAUCGCAUGCGAGUUCGCUAGUUGUCUAAAUAAGCCCUUAUUAUUCAUUUACACUAGUCUUAUCAAAUAUUUACUAUUGCUUUCCAAUUUGCUUAUAUAAGUUCAACAAUUAUUAAUAGCUAGGUUAUGAACUGCUUUGUAUGGAGCACGAUUUGAGCUUAUUGCUUACUGAUCAAUAUAAUUUUUGUAUGUUUUUCUGUAUGUAAAUAUACUUUUAUGCAU